AUCUAUAACCAAAAUACCCAACAGAGGUUUGAGGUUAUUUAAAAUUUAUUUUUUUAUGGUUUCUUAGUUUUGUGGUUGCUGUUGGUGUUUGAUGGUUGUUUGCUGUUAUAGGUGAAAUAAUUCAUUUUUUUCAUAAUAUUUGAAAGUCUUUCCUACCAUAUAUUUCCACGGUGAUUUUAUUAUAUAUUUCUAAAAAGUGAAACUUUCAUAAUGCCCUACGCUAAUCAACCAUCUGUUCAUAUUACUGAUUUAACUGAUGAGAACGUUAAGUUUUAUAUUGAAGACACCGACUUGAGCGUUGCCAAUAGUAUUCGCCGUGUUCUUAUUGCGGAAACACCAACAUUGGCUAUUGACUGGGUAAAAUUAGAAGCAAAUUCAACAGUACUCAGUGAUGAAUUUUUAGCUCAUAGAAUAGGACUUAUUCCGCUUAUAUCUGACGAAGUGGUCCAGCGAUUACAGUAUCCUCGAGACUGCAUUUGUACAGAUUUUUGUCAAGAGUGCAGUGUCGAAUUUACCUUAGAUGUAAAAUGUACUGAUGAUCAAACUAGACACGUUACAACGGCAGAUCUGAAGUCUAGUGAUCCAAGAGUUAUUCCUGCAACAUCUAAACAUCGAGAUGAUGAAUCUUCAGAAUACGGAGAGACUGACGAAAUAUUAAUUAUAAAAUUGCGUAAGGGACAGGAAUUGAAAGUGAAAGCUUAUGCAAAGAAGGGUUUUGGCAAGGAACAUGCGAAAUGGAAUCCAACAUGCGGAGUGGCGUUUGAAUAUGAUCCCGAUAAUGCUAUGAGGCAUACACUAUAUCCAAAACCAGACGAAUGGCCCAAAAGUGAAUAUAGUGAACUUGAUGAUGAUCAAUAUGAAGCACCUUUUAACUGGGAAUUAAAGCCUAACAAAUUUUUUUAUAAUGUUGAAGCUGCUGGUCAACUUCGCCCAGAAAAUAUAGUUAUUAUGGGAGUAGCUAUGUUAAAAGAAAAAUUAUCUAAUCUUCAGACACAGUUAAGUCACGAAUUGCAAAACGAUGCUUUAGCUAUAGCAUAAAUAUUUGUAUUGUAAGUUUUUUUAAUAAACAUUUUUAAUCACU